AUGCAGCUUCAGGUUCAAUGGGGUCAGGCACAAGUGGUCGACUAUCAGACUUCACACCACGGCAGCUUCUUUGCCAGGGCCAGAAGACUUUGGCUUUUUGGAGGAACGGCCGACGAAAAGGAGAGAGUUCAAGCGUGGCGAGUUGCACAAGUCAACGAGUGUCAGAUGUUACCUCUGCGAUCCGCAGAGGAGUCAGGUAAGGGAUUAUGCCCGCCCGACUACCUUUUCACGAGAGAACCGAACCUCAUCACCACCGGAGACAAGUGGCUUCCGAAACCAGUUGGCCACUUGGUUGACGUGCGCGCCGGCAGCAGGCACCUGGUCCAUAGCACACGGGGCCCAGCUUGCGGACCUAGGCUCAGAGGUGAGCGUCUUAAGAUCCCAGGAGGCACCCUGUUGGAAGAUGGGACGGGUCUGGUCCGUCCUCUCCUCCCAGAUGAGGUGUGGGAAAUGCAAGGGGGCCUCGCAGAGGAUUGGCGUUCCGCCGACUCGAAGAGAAAGGAUCGCAUGAUAGCAGCUGCAGUCCGGGAGCCAGGCUGGCAAGCGGCUAUGAGUCUCAUGCAGGCUUUGACUGGAACCGAUGGGAAGGCAGGAGUCCUGGACCCCGAUGAGAUCCAAGCCCACGAGCAGCUAGAGGCUCCCUCUUCCGAGCUUUUCCUUACUUCGUGGAAAGAGCCACGUGUGGCAGUGGCACCCACUCAUGAGUUCGUGGGAGCGACAACCCAGGCGAAAGCAGGCAGAGGCAAACGCACCACCGUGAAGCCAGCACUCAGUGAAGUGGAGAGGCUGGUCCAGCCCGCAUCCAAAAGAGGAGGGAGCACAGCAGAGCUUGACCAGGUAGCCAUGGAAGCUGUCUUGGCCCAAACUGGCUGA